CUUUUUUGUUGUAAAAUGAAAGUGUAACAUGCGAGCUCAGAGUCAAAAUGACAGAUAAUGUGAAAAGCCAACUAAUCAUCAUCCUUGACACAAACCCAGUAUGGUGGGGCCACAAACCAUCAUCUCAUACAAAGGCACAGCAAAAGAUGACUUUGACAGAAUGCCUGAAUUCUGUAAUGGUUUUUGCCCACUCUCACUUAAUGAUGAACCAUUCCAACAAGUUGGCCAUUAUUGCUGCUCACUCAGACCAAAGUGUGUUUUUGUAUCCAAAGAAUGAUCCCACAGUUCAUGUGAUAUCAGAAGCAGACGAAGUGACAGAAGGGAAUGAUGGGAAAUACGAGCUCUUUAAUCAGGUGGACAAGCAAAUCAAAGAGGGAAUUAAAAACCUGAUAGACAAUUGUAUGAAUGGACAACUCUAUCCAGACUCGCUUGUUGCUGGUGCUUUGGCCAUGGCUCUGUGUCAUAUCAACAAGACAGAGAGGAGUCAUGAAGAAGUGGGGAUUCUUUCCAGUCGAAUUCUGGUGAUCAAAGGGUCUGAGGACAACACAGAGCAAUAUAUGAAUUUAAUGAAUGCCGUUUUUACAGCCCAGAAACAGAAUGUGGUAAUCGAUGCCUGUGUUUUGGAUAAUGAAUCAGGACUCCUGCAACAGGCUUGUGAUAUAACAGGGGGCAUAUAUUUGAAGAUUCCUCAAAUGAAAGGACUGUUGCAGUACUUGAUGUGGGUUUUCCUUCCCGACCCCCUUGAGAGAGCAAAGCUGACCCUUCCUCCCAAAGUCCAGGUGGACUACAGAGCUGCAUGCUUCUGUCACCGCAACCUCAUAGAUAUCGGAUACGUGUGUUCUGUCUGUCUCUCAAUAUUUUGUGCCUUCAGCCCAAUUUGUGGAACAUGUCAAACAACCUUCAAGAUAUUUGGUCCCCCAAAGGGUGUAAAGAAAAAAUCAAAGAAACUGGGAUAGCAUUAGAUAAAAUUAUUUGUGUA